AUGUUUCAGAAUGAGGAUUUCCACUCAAUCUCUCAAGUUGUUGUUGCAAGCAAUGCAAUAGCAAUUGAUAAUGAAGUUGGUGCAAAUGAUGUGUUAGAAGAAGAUGAAAUUGGAGAAGAAGAUGGAAUUAGAGAAGAAGAUGAUGAAGAAUCUUUUGAAGUUCCUUCAACUUUUAUUACUAUGGAGGAAAAAAAUAUGACUACUGGUAGCAAUUGGAUUGUGUCACAAUUAGCGAGCAAGAAUGAUUUUACACAAGAGUUGGGAAAAGAUUCUUUCAAGGAUAAAGAAGAACUUAAUAGAGCUAUCAAGCUUUAUAGUAUUAGGACACAUAAACAGUUUGAGGUUGUUGAGACACGUCCAACUCUAUGGACCAUAAGAUGCAAGUUACAUUUACAAUCCGGUUGCAAAUAA